UGAGUGGCCCUCUCCAGGGUCAUGGGAACUGCUCUGGGGAAACUAGAAAAUCCAGUUGCCAUGUUCUCUCGGUGCCCCCAACACUGGUGCUGAGGACCCAGGCAGGGUAAAGAGAGUCCAUUUCCACAUCUCUUCCGGUACCGGAGAAGUGAGGUGGCCACUAUGGAGUCUUGGACGCGCCUCUUCUUCCUCCUGGCCCUCCUCAGCAGCUCACACGCAGGGCCAAAGGUGACUUUGCAAGUAAAGCUGACCGAGGCUUUUCGGGCCAAGGCCUCCCAAGACUCCAGCGCUCUGGACAUGCUCCAAAAGAUCUGCCUUCUCCUCCAGCUCCCAGCAGGGACCAAUGUCACCCUUCAUCAUAAAGGACCGCCACACCACCUCACCUGCAGAGCCUGAGAGCAGCUGAAGCCUGGGGGGGCCGAGAGCAAUCAGCUUUUGGGGGGCGAGCAUGCCUUGACCUAGCAGGCCCUUGCCCUGCUGCAGGCUAAUAAACGUGGAAUUCAGUGA